AUGUCCUACUACAAUCAACCGUAUGGGCAGAGCAACAGCGCAGCUGCAUCAAACCUCCAAUUCUACCCAUCGUCCUAUGCCACCGUCUCCGGCCACACCACGCCGUCACAGGCGUCCUUUGGCGGCUAUGGCGCCGGUAACAGCGCGACCGCGUAUGCUGGGUACGGCGCAAGCUCGUCCGGCGCGUUCGGUGGAGGUGCGGGAAUUCCAGGGGUUAGUGGCCGUAUGGGAGACUCCGGAGGACUAAGAACCGGCUGGCUGGCUGCUUUUGGGACCGAAGGUUAUGAAGGGGAGCCAGGGUUGAUGGAAGAGCUUGGGGUGAAUUUUUCACACAUCAAAACAAAGACGCUCACGGUGCUCAACCCGUUGACACGACCCUCACCCCACAUCAUGGACGACAGCGAUUUAUAUGGAGGGCUCCUGUUCCUGAUUUUGUACGGGACCUUUCUCGCUCUCUCCGGCAAGUUCUUCUACGGGUACAUCUACGGGAUCGCGUUGUUCGGGUCAAUCGCGCUGCAUUGGAUGUUCGCCCUGAUGACCCCACCCCUAGAUCCAAACGACUCGGACCAGAUUUCGCAGGCGCAGCCAGACCAUGGACCUGGCAGCUCAGGCCAUGGUGGUGGUCACUUUUCAAGCACGUUAACCUUCUCCCGGAGCGCAAGCGUCCUCGGCUAUUGUUUUCUGCCACUGGUCUUUACCGCGCUUUUUGGAGUGUUGCUCCCCAUGGACACGGCAAUGGGGUAUGUCUUGACUGCCGCUGCGGUGGGUUGGUGCACAUAUAGCAGUUCGGGUAUGUUCGUCAGUGUAGGGAGGAUGAAGGGCAUGCGAGGCUUGGUGGCGUAUCCUCUUGCUUUGUUCUAUCUGGGGUUUGGGAUCAUGGGCAUUUUCUCCUCCAGAGGGAGCGGCAUGCUGCAAGGGAAAGUGAUGUGA